AAUGGCAACAGGUAAUCUAAUAUAAAAAUCUUAGGUGGGUAAAUUCUUAGAUAUAAUGGUGGUACUUGCUAUGCUAUGUGUUAAGAUGUAUUUUCAUGGUAUAACCCAUCUAUCUAAAUCUGUUGGAAGGGAUGUGAUUAUGCUACUGGCAGAGUAAAUGAUCCUGUUUUGAGAAAAGAAGCAGAAGACAUGUGUAAAAGAUAUACAGCAGAAGCAAUGUGGACAAAAAAAGGAGAAUUAGGUAUUAUAAUGAUUUGCAAAUUAAUUUAAUAGAUAAUAUGGAAGACUUAAGAAUUCAUGCUGAUAUGUUUCCAGAAAACCCUAGAAAUAUAUAUAGAGCAUGUUUGGCUGGAGUUCGUAGAUAAAAAUAUUGAAU